CGGGCGGGCGAGCGGGAGGGAUGGCGCGGCUCCGGGGCCGGUAGCGCGGUGGCCGGCACCGCGGGAAAGCCAUGGCCCGGCGGCGGCGCCGUGCCUGCAUCGCCCUCUUCCUGGUGCUGCUUUUCGCCUUCGGCACACUCAUGGGGCUGCGCACGCUAAAGGCCCCGGACGGGCUGCCCGCGCUGGGCCCGGGCCCGGAGCUAGCGCCCUUCGAGCGGCGUCCGGAGGGGAAUCCCGCGCCUGCCCGCGCCCCGGCCGCCCCCGCCGCGCCGCCCCCGCCGCCGCCGCCGCCACGCACCGCCGCCCCUCGCGCCUCGCUGGGCCCCGCCGAGGCUGAUCCCGCGCCCCGGCAGAGCCUGCACGUCUACUCCGACCUGCACGCCUUCUACUAUUCGUGGUACGGGAGUCCGCGGCGCGAGGGCCACUAUGUUCACUGGGACCAUGUCAUGGUGCCGCACUGGGACCCCAAGAUCUCGGCCAGCUACCCGCGUGGCCGCCACAGCCCUCCAGAGGAUUUGGGCUCCAGCUUCUACCCGGAACUGGGGCCGUACAGCUCACGGGAUCCCGAUGUGCUACGAGAUCACAUGACCCAGCUCAAAGAAGCUGCCAUCGGAGUCUUGGUUCUUUCCUGGUACCCACCUGGCAUGGCUGACGACAAUGGGGAGCCCUCAGACGAUCUGGUACCUGCCAUUCUGGACACUGCCCAUCAGUACAACAUCCAGGUGGCCUUCCAUAUCCAACCCUACAAGGGCCGGGAUGACAUCACUGUCCAUGACAACAUCAAGUACAUCAUUGACACGUAUGGGUCCCAUGGUGCAUUUUACCGUUAUAGGAACAGCAUGGGCAAGAGUCUCCCGCUCUUUUAUAUCUACGACUCAUAUCUGACAUCCCCUGAGGCCUGGGCCCACCUCCUGACACAAAACGGGCCCCAUUCGAUCCGCAACACUCCCUAUGAUGGGGUCUUUAUAGCGCUGCUGGUGGAGGAGGGCCACACCCAUGAUAUCCUUGCUGCUGGAUUCGAUGGAAUGUACACCUACUUUGCCUCCAAUGGAUUCUCCUUUGGCUCCUCCCAUCAGAACUGGAAAGCUGUGAAGAACUUCUGUGAUACCAACAAUCUGAUGUUCAUUCCUAGCGUGGGGCCUGGGUACAUUGACACCAGCAUCCGGCCCUGGAACAACCAUAAUACUCGGAACAGAGUCAAUGGCAAGUACUAUGAGACAGCCCUUCAGGCAGCCCUGACCGUGAGGCCCGAGAUCGUCUCCAUCACCUCUUUCAAUGAGUGGCAUGAGGGCACACAGAUUGAGAAGGCUGUUCCGAAGAAGACGCCAACUCGCCUCUAUUUGGACUACCUGCCUCACCAGCCCAGCCUAUACUUGGAGCUGACUCGCCGUUGGGCAGAGCACUUCAUCAAGGAAAAGGAGCAGUGGCUGAUGUGAGGGUCACCACUCACACCUUAGGUCACCAAGCUGGUUCAGCUGAGGAUACAGGCACACACUAGUCCCAAGUAGCAAUUGGGUGCUUGUGGGUAGGUGGGCCAGUUAGUGCGUGUACAACAGAGCCUGGCUCUGGGGCUGGGAAGCAGGCUUGAAGGCGGCUGGCGGAGGCUGCACACUACUCAGGGCAGCUCCACACCCUUUAGCUCUCAGCUGUGGCAGGUUGUAUAGGGGAGUUGCCAGCUACUGUGCUUAAAAGGUCUCAGGGUUCUGAGCUAGCAUGCACCUUACUUCCUUUGGACAGCCUACAUCUCCUCAGGCACCUUCCCACAUCUUCCUGCUCAAUCUGACACCUUUAAAAGGAGACUUUGUUUGAGGUCCUUCCAGUAGACUCCUGUGCUACAUGAUCAGGAAGCACAGAGCAUCCACUCAUUACUAGGCACCUUGCUGUCAGGUGCUGGGGAAUUUGGUCCAAGUUCCCUUCCUGAGCUUACAGGAUAUCUUGCUUUUGGUGUAGCUAUGCAGCUAGCACCUUGGUUGCUUUGUUCUUUGCAGCUAUGCCCAGGCCUGGGAGUUCAGCUAUUUUUCCUCCAAGAAAAAACCUCUGUGCUCCAGAGCCUUUCCCAGAUGAACACACAGCUGCAGAGAACACUAGGUCACUCUCCCUUCAGCUGUCUAGGCUGGGGAGGCCACCCAUUAGGGCCACUUUCAGUGCUGUGAUUUGUAUUAAAUAUGAAGUGAUGUUUGCCAGCACACAUUCCUGUUGUGGCCCUCAUAAAUGCUGACCUGUAGGUCAGUCUGUGACAAAUUAGCAAACGGCUGGGCUGGCUAGUUUUAGCACAAUGGAGAUGAAUUUGCUUAAAUUAAUAGUUUAUGUAAGAUUUCUAGAGGGAAGUUAAUCAGCCAGUACUUAUUUAUAAACAAACUAAUGAUAACUGCAAGGAUCCUUGUAAAGUUAAGACCGAUGGAAUAUUUUUCAGCAAGAUUCUCAAAAUACACUUGAAAAACUGAAAAGUGCUGUACUGGCUUACAGGCUAAGGCUGAGCCGUAACUCUGGGAAAGGGAAGCAAGUAGGGGAGGAUGAGGUGGAAUAUAGGUCAUUUCAAGGACAACCAGCCCAUUUACUGACACUAAACCCCACCUGAGGGAUGAGCACAGCUGGCCACCCAAGCCUGUAGCUUAGUCAACAGGGCUUGAUCUACCCAGUCCUAAUUUCAUUUCACGCACAUACAGCUUGGAUACAGCAAGGCCAGCAGGAAGGGUCAGGCAUCCUCAAUGAAACUUGACUAAGAUCUUCUAAAGGCUAAUCUACAUCAAUAGCCAUAAUGCACAUAUAUACCUUGACCUAGAAAUGCUACCCUAAGGAAAUAGUUCAAAAGAAAAAUAAACCAUUUACAAACUA